CAAAGCAAAGUUUAGUAUUUUGAAGAAAUGGCUGCAGCAAAUAUGGUGAGUGCUAAUUCAAGCAACGUGAGGCAUAUCCGCCCUCCCACCCUCUCAUACAAGCCAAGCAUGUGGGCCAAUAUUUUCUCUUCAUUUUCUUUUGAUAAUCAGGUGCAGGAGAAGUACUCUAAGGAAAUGGAAGCGUUGAGUAAGGAAACAGGAAGAAUGUUAAUGGCUGCAGAGUCUACAAAAUUGUUGAUAUUGAUCGACAAAAUUGAGCGUUUGGGAGUCGCGUAUCAUUUUGAGAAGGAGAUCGAAGAGAAGCUCAAACUGAUUUAUGAAUCGGGAAAGGAACGUGAAGACGUCGACGAUGACUUGCUUACUACUGCACUUAGAUUUCGUUUGCUCAGGCAACAUCAGUAUGCUGUUUAUUGCGAUGUUUUCGACAAAUUCGUUGAGAAGGACUACAAAUGGAAACCAGAAAGCCAUGGCAACGACGUCGAAGGCAUCCUAAGUUUGUACGAGGCAGCUCAUGCACGAAUUCGCAACGAAAAAAUAUUAGACGACGCUGCAAAAUUCACAGUGGGUCAAUUGAAUCAAGUGCUAUCAUCAUCAGAUCAGUCUCCCAUUGUGAAAGAGAAAGUGCAGCAAGCUUUGAAGCACUCCAUUCAUAGAGGCCUUCCAAUUUUAAAUAUCCGAUUCUACAUUUCCAUCUAUGAAAGAGAAGGAACAACCGAUGAAUUACUUCUCAAAUUAGCCAAACUCAAUUUCAAUUUCUUGCAGAAUAUCUAUAGGAAAGAGUUGGUUGAACUCACAAGGUGGUGGGAUAAAUUUGACUUAAAGAACAAACUGCCGUAUGCAAGAGACAGAGUUGUGGAGUGUUAUCUAUGGGGCAAUGCGUUACGCUACGAACCUCAAUACUCUUACCUUCGAGUAACUGUUGCCAAGAACAUGCAACUUGUGUCGAUUAUGGAUGAUACCUAUGAUAAUUACGCUACACUUGAAGAGGAUGAUCUUUUCACCGAGAUUCUCGAGAGGUGGAAUUUGGAUGAGAUUGAUGUACUCCCUGAUUUCAUGAAAGUUGUUUAUAGAUUCAUUAUGAGUACAUAUGAAGAUUUUGUAGUUGAUGCUGAAAAGAAAGGAAAAUCAUUCGUUGUUCCUUACUACAGAGAAACAGUGAAGCAGCUUGGUAGGGCUUAUAACAAAGAGCAGAAGUGGAUUAUGGAAAGGCAAAUGCCAGGUUUCGAAGAAUACAUGACGAAUUCAGUGAUCACGAGCUGUAUGUAUGUGAUGUUCACAUCUCUUGUCCCCGGCAUGAAAUAUAUUGAUGAAGCAGCAGUCCAAUGGCUCCUCAGUGAGCCCAAAAUAGUCAUUUCCACGGCCAAGAUGGGUCGAACCCUAGAAGACUUGGGCAGCCAUGAACGCGAGAAUAGGGAAGGGAAAAUGGCGACGGUGGUGGAUUGCUACAUGAAAGACAAAGGCGUGUCGAAGCAAGAAGCGAUUAGUGAGUUUGUGGAGCUUGUUGAGAAUGGAUGGGAAGAUGUAAGUGCAGAGUGGGCAAAGGGAAGUAGCACAGUGCCUAAGGAAAUGGUGGAGCAACUCUUAAACUAUGGUCGAAUAGCUGAGAUCACUUACAAUAAUAAAGAGGAUGGCUACACUGAUCCUGAGAAGUAUUUGGGGCCAUUGAUUGCAGCUCUUUAUGUGGAUCCUCUUCCUCUUCACAUUUGAUUUUGCAUCCUUAUGAUUAAUGUGAGACAUCUUGUUUUAUUUAGCUAUGAAUAAGGUUGGCGAUUUACUUGAUGUGUGGAGUGGUGGAAUUGAGCUUUUGUAGUAAGAUGUUGUAUUGUAAUAAAGCUCUUUGCUUUCAUGGGUUAUGGAGUAAAAAUCUAUGGUAUUCAAUAACUGAUCAUUUAUAGUUUUA